CAACAAAUUCCACAAUUGCAUUCUGAUGAUGGGGAUGUUUCACAUGCUGAUGAUGUUUAUAAGCUUUUAUUAUUACAAUACCAUUUUUUAACAGAUACUCGCGCUUUUAUCUUGUGAAUGCAAAAGCAAAUGUGGCGAUCGUUGCCUGUGCGUCAUCAACAACCUGAGCUGUACUGAUAUGUGUUCUUGCUGAGAUUGCGCUAAUGUGGUCGAAUCUGAAGAUGAAUCUGGAGAUGAAUAUGACGAUUCUACGGGCGAUUCAAGUGAAGAAGAAGAAUAAAAACAACAAUAAUAUUUGAUCUUUUUUUGUAUAUAUGGGUUUAAAUGUCUCUAUAAGUAAGGUUUAGAUAUGAUUCCUCUGUGAUAUAAUUAAAUUUCCUCUAUGGCAAAGAUCAAUAACUUUAUUGAUAGGUUUCUAGCUAAGAUAAUAUCUAAAAUAAAUUAUUUUGUAUCACAAUGGGUAUAUGUCAGGGGCGGAUCCAAACCCCGUCAAAUGGGUCAAAGGACGGGGUUUAAACAAGUAUAGUUUAUCUAAUUUUCAAAUAUUUAGUACUAACCAGUAAUAUUUGGGGCGUGUAAUAAUGUAUUCAUUUGAGCGCUCAUCAAUAUAAAAAUUAAUAAUAUUGCCGCCGCUGCUGCUGCCGUGUGUAUGGUCGCGCGGUGGUGGCGGUGGCGCGCGUGAUGGCAUCAGCUUCAUUUUCGUUGCGAAGACAGGGCGCAAAGAUGGCUAGACCUAAUCUUUAAUGGUGGAUAGAAAAAUAUAGACUUUGUUCUGCAGGUUUUUGACGGAGCAAUGAGGUUAUUCUUAACUCUUAUUGGUCUAGAGUGCCGGGUUUGCAGGAGAAGAACACCGCCAGGAUUUGAUUGGUCAUUACAGAAGUUUUCUUAAGUUGUGAUUGGCUAAAAAUCAAUACCCUGCAAAAGCCAAAAUGCUCACGCUAGUCUUCAUCUUCAUAUCUUCCUCAACAUCAUUGCUCAACAUGGCGUUUAGUCCAGUGAGAGAAGAUGUUUUGAAAUUAUUUCAAGACGAAGAUUUGCAGAUAUUGAUUGAAAUAUUUAAUAUUUAUUCUGAGAAAUGGAUAAAUUCAAAUAAAAAUGUGUUUUUAAACACAGAACAGCUUUAUGCUGUACUUUCUUGUGGAGAAAUUGGUGUGAAUGAAGAUGCUUUGAAAUAUCUUCCUGCAUCAGUUUCUUCCAAGAAUUGUGUUGCAUUGAGGUCCGAAUCAUCUGGAAAUUGCUUGUUUAGCUCCAUAUCCUUAUGUCUGGUAGGUGAUAAUAGUUUGACGCAACAGUUAAGGCUACUUGCUUGCAUUGAACUUUUUGUCAAUUCUGAGUAUUAUAGUUCUCACCCCAAUUUAUUUGUUGACAAAUAUCCAUCUUUAAGUCCAUCAAAUAUUUUAGCAAUGUCAGUAUCUCAUGCUGCUGUUGAUACUAAUUUUAAGGCUGCUGAACUUGUCAAAGCUGAGGCUACUUUUUGUUUGAAAAACAUGAACCAGUGGUCUGGUUUUCUCUUUGUUUUGUCAUUGUCUUCUAUAAUUCGCAGAAAUAUUAUGUGUUAUUAUCCUGAUUGUAGUCCUCUCAAAUACAAAGAAAUAUUCAAUAAAAAGGUUUUUCCACGUGUGCCAAAGGUUGAUGAAACUUGCUUCCAUAUUUUGUUUUGUUAUGAAGGUUAUCUCAUUUCAGAUCUUACUUUUAAACAUAAUCACUAUGUGCCACUUUUAUUUACUUCUAAGGAAUUAAUUUAUAAGCCUCUAUUUAAGAAGAAAUGUAUGUCUACCAAUGUUUCUGGAUUCUUUCAAAAGAAAAUUGAUUUUAAACCUGUCACCAAGAAUAAGCUUAUUUUACCAAAGGUAUCUCUUCCUCAGCAAUUGCCUACAUCAAGUCAGGAUCCCCAAGCAAUAAUAAAAGGUACUAAUAAUACACCUUCAAGCAACAUUUCAAAUCCUUCUACUUCUUCUGUAUCUAAUGUUUUUAGUAAUCUUUUACAAAAUAGUACUAGCCAUGAACCUAAUUUUUUUCCAAACAAUAAUAAAUCAGUCAUAACAUCAAAAAUAGUUGAUUCCCUUCCACAAAAUUUUGAUGUAACUGAUGUUUUAUUUGAUAUAGAUGAUAUUAUUUUAAUUGUUAUGUAUAUUUGUUGCAAAGGUUGGUAUUAUAUUAUACUAUUGUCCAUAGUUCAUUUUCAUUUAAUUGACAACUGUCAAGAAAUAGUAGAACAUAGUUGCAGGGACUAUGGGGUUACUCAGUUGUCAUUUUAUCCUGCAUUCAUUUUUAUUCAUAUCAAACCAUUUCAUUCCAAUAUUCAUUAUCAUUUAAUUGGCAACUGUCAAGAAAUAGUAGAACAUAGUUGCAGGGACUAUGGGUUCAUAGGCUUCAUAUAUAACAAUAGAAGCUCAGCAAGAAAGACAAGCAACCAAACAACAUUGUUGAAAAGAUGA